AUAAACAUUUAAGUGAUUUAUUUAUUAUUUUCUUAAAUCAUAAAGCACCUGUCAGUUAGGUGUCUGGAAACUUGGGAGCUAGCACGCGGAGGCUAACGUUAAUGUAACGUCUUUGUUUUAACGGUUAAACUUGAGCGGCACUACUUUAAUAUUAAAACCGUAGCUUACUUUUUUUUUAAUACCUCAAUAUUAAUGUGUACAGUCUGAGUUUGUGAGAGGUGUGUUUAUUUAACUGAGGUGGACGUGACGCCAAAUUUAAAGUAGCAGGCAGCCCGGGAGAGGAGGGGUUGCCCUCAGUUUGAGCUAGCAGGCUAACACGCGGCCGAGCAACGGUUGGAUCGUUGUAAUAACUCCAACCGUCGUUUUAAUCACAAACACCCGUCAGAUUAAACUCUCCCCGGGGGGGACUGUGUGAGCGCUGCCCGCUGCCCAGGCCCUCUGCGCGGAUGGAGGAGUAGUUAAAGCAGCGGUGGUGGUGGAGCCGAAGACCAAAACAGCCAGGCGUUUGUGUUAAAACAUGGAGGAUGAAGAGGUUGCAGAGAGCUGGGAAGAGGCGGCGGACAGCGGGGAAAUCGAGAGGAGGCUUGAGGCUAAGCUGAAAAUAAAUCAGGAGGCAAAACACAAGAAGUCCAAUCUGGGUUCGGGUGGCUCACCUGUUCGGACUGCUAUUGUAAUCCAGGAUGACUCCCUGCCUGCAGCACCGCCACCACAAAUCAGAAUUUUGAAACGUCCUUCAAAUAACGGUACCGCAGGAAACGCUGCGUCCUCGUCUCGUCCCUCUCAGCAGAUGAAGUCCCUGGCCCAGCGAGAGGCAGAGUAUGCCGAAGCCCGAAGAAGGAUUUUGGGUAGUGCUUCUUCGGAUGAUACGCCUCAGGACAAUCCAUGCCAGGACAGGCCGGCCCGUAUGAGCACGCAGCAACCGUCAGAACCAGUUCGUCCAAACAAUCAUGUGAUCCGCCAGCCCACCGGUCCAGAUGGCACCUCAGGCUUCCGACUCUGCAGAUAAACAGGAGCUACCUGCUGCGAGGAAUCAGCUGUCUCCCUGAGAGGGCAUGAAGGGUGGCAGUUAAAGGGGAUGUGUGUGUGUGGUAUGAAGAGCAGAGUGGUGGGAUGACACAAAUAUUUGACAGACAUUAGAAAUAUGAAGAAGGCGUAGCAUGGAAAUGAACUUCUCCACCCUCUCUCUACUCUGCUUACGGGCAUGGUCUUUGCCUUUCACCUUGUCUUUUCCCUAAGUGGAACGUUGCAAGGGGCUGGCAGAGAUCAGCCAAUGAUCUGAACCCCCUUCUGUUCCACACUGUGAACAGGCUUUGGCCUCACAUCCCUACACACUGUGAAACUUAGAUGUACCAUGAGGUGCCCUAUGAUUUUAGGUAUGAUUGGCCGGCCAAGCGCCAGGGCAUCAGGUGUCUGUCUCUUCAGGGAGGAUAAGGAGAGCUUGUGAAUCUGUGGGAAUUUCCCCAGAGAUGUGCAAACGAACGAGCUGGCCUUUCCACUGAUGGAGCGUGGAUCAUGGCUGGGUGUCCACCGGGGGAGCUGGCCUCAGUUUUGUCAGGUUCAGUGGAAAUUAAGUGCUUGACAGUGCCGAGAGUUUACUGUGUUCAGCAGCUUGCUUACAAGGCGAUAGAAAGUAAAACUGACCCAGCCUUUUGAGUACAAGUGCACAAAAGUGUGUUUUAAUACUGUAGUUGCAUAGCAGUGGCAGAGCACUUUCCACAGGCCUCUGUUUGGCACUGGUGGCUAUGAAAGAAAUGCCCGGUGGGCACACAGCCUGUGGCCAAAGAUUAUAGAUCGGAAGGACGGAAUGUCACAAAAUCUAGGCUUGUUGGAGCAAUAACAAUGAAUUUACUCCCUGGAUUAUUUUUUGCAUAUUGUCUAAUUACCUGUGCUGUAUUUUUUUUGUUUUAAAACAGUUUACAUUGUUUCUUCAUGUUUGUGGGUUAUUUGCAGACAUAUAUGUUUAGGUCAGGAGCUCAGUAGUGUAUCAGAUUAGAUGAUGUAGCUUGCAUAGGAAACUGUAUUGGUAGUGUCAUUUAAAUUAAAUCAAUUUUAUCCGAUUGGAAAAGGUCAGACCUAUUCAUGAAAUGAAAGUUAUUGUGCGUUAAUGUUCCUGUGUGCGUUGCCUCGCUGUUUCUUAUCAGAAUAGAAGUUGGCGCUUCGCUUACAGCCAACUACACUCUACGACUUGCACCAGUUACAGUAUAUUGACUGAUUGUGCUAUUAAAAUGACGGUUUACAGUCGCUUUAGAAAUAACUAUUUAAUGCCCAGUGUGGAGGAUGACUAUUGCUUUAUUUUGGGGACAAAAUUUGUGGUGGAAACUACAAAAAUGAUCUAAAAAAAUAUCAGAAAUCUGAUUUUAAUCAGCAGAAUAAGCCAAAUUCCACCACCUGGUUUUGAUGAAAGUCUCCCAGUGGUGUUUUUUUUUUUGUUUUUUUUUUAAAUGCAUAAAAUGAUUUUACACCAUUGCUUGCUUGUUUGCCACUGAUUUGAACAUAAAUCAAUAAUCUCAUCAAACAGUGAUUCAUUACCAGUACUGAGAGUUACUGACAGGUCCACAGUAAAUGAACCUGCAGCAAAUUUUGAACCAUUUGACGUGUAUGCCUUAAAACGACAAAUGAUUCCUGGCUAAAGACAUUUUCCAGUGAGUAGUGAUUGUUAAUCUUGUGCUUUUUUUUAAUGCACUUACGGUGAAUUGCUUCAUAAACCACUGCUUAUAGCUGCAAUUGGUGAGCGUUUUAGAUAAAUACAAAACCAUGCUAAGUAAGAGUGCAAUAAUGCUCCAUGAUUUGUCCGAAUAAUUUCUAUUGUCAGUAAAACCAUCGAUUGGAAAUAUCAAGAACCAUCAUGACUAACAGUAAAUUGAAUAACUUGUUUCUACUACAACAAACUUCUCGAGAUGGCUAAAACGGCUGUAUUAAUACUUGUACUUACUUAUUCAAACCUCACCAGCUGCAGAAAUGUCUGGAAUAUGAAUUUACCUUUUUGUUGUUGUUUGAUGACAGCAGUAUAAGUUAUCCGGUGCAGCUCUAACACCUUUAAUAUUUUUGUUUUAUGAAAAAUAUACACUGUUCAGAGGGGAUAAUUCGUAAGAUUGUAAAUUGGAUUUGGACCUACAUGCCCACGAUACGCUGUUUCCAGGGAUCAGGUUAAAUUUUUGAAAUGAGAUGCAUUUCGAAUCAUUUAAAACUGAUGAUUAAAAGCAAAUAUCCAUCCUGUACCUACAGUAUGUGAUCUCAUUUGUUUUAGUCAUUCACAGCCACCUGUCUAGUUUUGAUGUCGGUGUUAUUUUGAAACUUGAAAAACACAAAAUGACAUUUGAAUACCCUUUAAUAAACACACUUCCAAAAGAGA